GAGGCGGCGGGGGGCGGCGGCGGCUUUGCAGGGAGCUGGUGUCCCCCCAACCCAGUGCAUGCCCCUCACCGCGGCCCGCAGUUCUGCGCCCCAGGCUGGCCGCGGGUCUCCUCCGGACACUUAGGGAUUUUUAAAAAUAACAGAAGGCGGGGAUCCUGGCAACCUCCAGAGUGGUCAGGAGAGCUGCAGAGGUUAGGGGUGGGGGUUCUGGCGACGUCUGGCGCCCAUUUCGCAGGUGGGGAAACUGAGGACGGGCCGCGGCGUUUGGUGCCCGGUUCCGUCGGUGGUGACUGCGCGGCGUGGGCAUGACUGAGUCUCGUAGUCCUCCGUCCCCUAAGCUUCCCCCGCGCCAAGUCAAGCCGACUGGAGUUGCCUCUCCAGCUGUCGUUUCCCCUCCAGCUGUCGCCCCCUGGGCCGAGCUCCCUCCACCCUCCAGCCUCGUUUAGCUCUUUGGUAGAGUCGGGGAGACAACGGAGUCGCCUGGCAGGGUUAAAUGAGAGGGUGCGUGGAGCGCGCCUGGCACUGCGCCUGCACGUCGCCCGCGCUUGGCACGCGGGAGCUGCCAGGGCGCUUAUCAUCCCUGUGUCCCCAGCAUAGAGCCGUCCACCCCAGUCACCCAGACUCUUCGGGUGGGGGCGGACUGGGGUUCACUUGUCCCCCUUGUCCCCUCAGGCAAGGGAGCGGGGAGGCGGGGGUCAAAUAAUAUGACAUUUUAGUGUCAGAGUUGAAAUCCCGGAUUCUGGAUCCAGGCUGCCUGGGUUUGAAUCCCUGCGCAGUUACUUUCGGGCUGUGUGACCUUGGGCAAUUGGUUUAACUUCUCUGAGCCACAGAUUCUUUAUCUGCAAAGCGGGCAUAGUAAUAACUCUAGGGUUGUUUUGAUGCUGAAAGGAGAUUAUCUGUGUGAAGUGUUCAGCCCAGUGUCUGGCACAUAGUAAUUAUUGCCAACUUUUGCCAGGCGUCUACUGUUAUUACCAAAGUUGUUUGGCAAGUGAGCUGAGCCUAGGGCAGCCUGUGAGAAUAGCCAGUGGCUGAUUCACAGGGUGGGGGCACAGGAGACUCGCACUGACCUUGGGGCAGUCCCUGGGGUUCUGCCUGUGCCAGCUUCCUCUUCUGCACAGGGGAACCUGGUGGGUGCUGGUGCGAGUCUCCUCUCCGGGAGGACCGUGGUGUAAUGGGUGGGUGGUGGAGGGUGAGGUGACACUGGCUGCAGAGCUGGGCACGGCCCAGUGAUUGUCAAUCUCCCAUCCGCAUCCCCACUGUUUCUGCCCAGGCUUUUGGAGGGCAGGGGCCUGUGUGAUGCUUCCUUGGGUUCCAGUGCCUGCUCAGGCCUGGCACAGAGCAGAUAUGCCACCUGCCCCCUUGUCAUGCCCCGUCCUCCCCACAGUCCUAUGUUUCUAAUCAGAAACUGGGCAGGAAAUGUUUCCGGUUUGUGAAGUGGGGUCCCCCGAAGAGACAGAGCCUGGUUUGCUGGCAUACCUGAUGGCUUUGUUGGGGGAAGGGGCAUGGCUUCACCCCUGCGGAGGUGGUGCGUCCCUGUAAGCAGGGCAGCCCCAGAAGGUGGAGGCUGCAGGGGGGGAGGGGUGUCAAGCUGGUGUCCAGCUGGGCUGGGUGACACUCAUUAUGUGCCCAGUUAAGCGAGAAGAAGGUAGCAGCAGCGUGUCCCUGAGGAAGGCGCUAUUUGUGGCACUGGGCCUGGACCAGGCCCUGUACCCUCCUGGGAGCAGGUCCUUUCGGGGGGAGUGAGGGGCGACCCUGUAACACCCAGGAAGGUGUGGUACCUGGUGACACACAAACCCGGUGGCCCCAUAGCCCUUCUGUUUUCACACUUCUUAUCACUUCUCAGCCUCCCCACAACCUGGCUGCUGAGGUCAAGGCCUCUUUCCCAUUUUGCAGGCUGAGAAACUGAGGCCAUUAGGAGCAGCUUGCUUGGCUGGGUCACAACAGCUAAUUAUAGUGAGUGGAGGGAUGGUGUGGGUCAAAGGAGGUGACUCUAAUCUGCUCUGCUGCUGGCUGGGCUCCACUGGGUCUUGAGUGUGAGAAGGGACCUGUGGAGUGGGGUUAAGGCUUCAUUUUGGGGUCCCCUGAAGAGGCAGGGGUAACUAGAACCCAACCCAACAUUGGGGAAGACCUAAGCCGUGGGCCUCCGAGGGCAGCAGGACAGUGGGGGACGCCUGCGCUCAGCUUGCUGGUGGCUGAUGCAGGGUCUGUCCUUUGAACCCAUCGUGGUUGGGGGUGGGGCACGGGGAGAGGUCAGAGGGGUGGUGUCCGCAGACGCUGGGCUUUAGAAAGCUUGUUGAGAUCCAUCUGAGGGAGGUGGGAGCGGGAGGGUGGAAGGAGGGUGGAGGGUUGGCACUGUGUGUUUGGGGGAUCCAGAUGGCCUUGGGCUUCCAGUGCCAGCUUUCGUCCUGAGGGAGCUGGCAAGGAGAUGCUACAGAGGUUGGGGGGAGCAUGGCCCGUCGCCCACCCCUAGAGUGCCCGGAGACUACAGUCCUCGGCUGUGCUCUGGCUCCCAGGCUGGCCUGACCCUCUGCACUUAGAAGACCCCUCCCUUUAUUCUGCUGGGCCCCACUUCUGGGUCCCAUCCUCCUUUAUUCUGUCCAAGUUCACUCUUGGAUGAUCCAUUCAAGCUCUCCACGCCUUAGUUUCCUCACCUGUGAAACUUGGAUGGUAGCAGUGAGCAGCGCUAGCCACGGGCUUGUUGGGAGGAGUAGAUGAUGGUAUGGAAUAAGUGUUAACUGCUUUGGUGAUUGUUCUAAGGGGGUCCAGGUUUCCCAUGUGCCAUCCUGGGCGUCUACCCAGCCCAAGCUGUGGUCCUCCGCGUCCUGCCCUGUGUGCUUUCCUGGAUCAGGGUGAGGGGUCAGCUGACUUGCAGGAAACAUCUUAGCUCGGAGGGGUAGGAGGGAGGCCCUGAAGAGAUGAAGCAAGGGGUGGGGUCCAGCCCAGGCCAAGAGGGUUCAGAGGGAACUGGCCGGCCGCCCUCAUGCUUCAGGUUCCUCUGGGAUCUGCAUCUCAGUGGCAUCUUCCCUCCCCUCCCCUCCCCACAGCUCGUGCAGGGACAGCUGCCCCUCCGUGGGCUUGGGCCAGGCCUGCCUGGGACCCACUUGCACACGUGGCUCCUACCCCCAUGCUCAGCCUGCAGUCUGUCCUUCCACGCAGGCUGCCAGCUCCCUUGAGGGGACCCGUGGUGGCUUCAAGAUUCGGGGGCAUUCGGGGUGGGGGCUGCUGACCGUGAUCCCCAUGCAAGCAAGGUCUCCUCUGAUUACUGCCUCCCCGGGCUUGGAGUGGUCGGUCAGCAGAUAUUUAUUGAGCACCUGCUGUGUGCUGGUAAUAGGGCUGGGGAUUCAGCAGUGGGCAAGAUGGACAGUGCCCUCCUACAGCCUCAGAGUCCACUGCGGGAAGGAGACGGCAGCCAGGGAAACACCUUCCCUCACCCAAGAGAAUUUCAGGUGGCAGAGCGCCAGGAAAUAAGAGGAAGUAGUACGAGACGAUGGCCAGUGGGGGUGGGCUGUGUCUGGCUCCUGGGUGAUCUGGGAAGGCAGCCCCCAAGAGGCACCUUCUGAGAAAGUCCCGUCUGAUGGGAAGGAACCAGUCACGGGACACUCAGGGAAGAACAUUCCAGGCAGAAGGAACAGAAAGUGCAGAGGCCUUGAGGUAUGAGGCAGAAGGGUGUGAAGAAGCUGGGGAAGUAGAGAAUUUGGAUUCUCUGCUGGUACCAGGGAGGGUUCUGAGCAGGGGAUGACAUGAUCAGAUUUUUUAACAGAUAGGUUCUCAGGAAAUACUUGCUGAGUGAAGGAACAAACACAUUCAAGGGAGGGCCAGGGACCGCAGGCAAGGCAUGACUGUGGCCUGGUCACCUGGCUCUACCCGCUCCUCCUGACCUGGGGCAGGGCAGCAGACAGGGUUUUGAGGUCACCACUCCUCUCAGAGGGUCCUUGGAGCUGGGGCUACCUCUGCCUCAGUUUGCUGGUUGGUGGUUGGUCGUUGGUCCCGGGACCGCUUGUCCCCCACCCCCAGGACUCAGAGGCACUUCCUGGGCUCCUCAGCUGGUUUGGCCCCUGGGGUCCCCCCUCCCCAGGUCUUGCUGCUAUUGUUUGAUUUCCCACUUCCUGUCCCUGAACCACCCCCCCUGCUCCCCAAACACACACACUUCCCCUUCUGAAUUGAUGCUGACUUGCCUUCCUGUCCAGGAACCCAGGGGGAGGGCAGGCACCCCAGCAGGCGCUGGACACAAGGGCCAGUGGAGAGGGUGAGGCGGGGAGGGACAGGCAGCUAGGUGUGCUCCGGAGCGGGAUGAGGGCACAGGGGUUGGGGCAGGUUCACCCAGCUGCAGCCAGCAGGCUCUCUGGGGGUUGGGGGGAUCACCUGCUCCAUGUGGAGGCCCAAGAGGACAGGCUGAGCAGAGUUGUGGGAGCUGAUGGUAGCCCUGAUGGUGGCAGGGGAGAGGCCAGGAGGACCUGUGCACUGGGUGGGCACAGAAGUGUGCAGGGCCACUCACGGAGUACACAGCCCAACAGGGGAGGCAGGUGCCAACCUGAUGGCCCUGACACAGACGCCAGGGUUGCACGUUGAGGCUGGUGCCCUGGAGGGAGGGAAGGAGUGAGUGCAGCCACAGGACGAAGAGGACUUCCUGGACCGCGGGGUCAGGAAGGCUCCCAGCCUGAGCUGGAGUUAACCAGGGCAGCCUCCACAUGUUGAUGUUUGUCUGGGGUCUUUGGGGAGCUGUCCCAUGCCAUGUGAGAGGUUUACCAGCAUCCCUGGUCUCCAUCCACUUGAUACCAGUAGCACCUACACACACACCAGCUGUUAUAAUCAAAAAUGUCUCCAGACGUUGCCACAUGUCCCCUGGGGGGCACGGUUGCCCCCACUUGAGAACCACUGCACAAGGGUAAGGAGAGCAGAGCAUUUGGGCAGAGGGACCUGGCUGGGCAAAGGUCUGCAGGCAGGAAGGAGCAUGGGGUCAGCAGGAGAGGAGCAGGGGUGGAGAUGCUUCAUCAGGUCCCGUAGGUCACUGUAGGGACUUGGGAUCUUUCCUCUGAGUGACAGGGGCACUGGCUGCAAUGGCCCCCACAGGUGGACCAGGGAGCCUGUUGAGAGUGAUGGCAGCGGCUUGACCCUGGGGGCAGUAAGAAGGGGGAAGACUCCAGGGAUGUCGCCCCCCACCCCCGACUAGGACCCCUCUGCACAGGGCUCUCGUGUCCAGCCUGGGUUCCAGCCUCACUGAGCUGUCCCCACCAAGACCUUCCUGCAGAGGGCCCCCCCCCCGCUCAAGCGCUAACCAUGUCCAUCAUGGACCACAGCCCCACCACCGGUGUGGUCACGGUUAUCGUCAUCCUCAUCGCCAUCGCUGCCCUGGGGGCCUUGAUCCUGGGCUGCUGGUGCUACCUGCGGCUGCAGCGCAUCAGCCAGUCAGAGGACGAGGAGAGCAUCGUGGGGGAUGGCGAGACCAAGGAGCCCUUCCUGCUAGUGCAGUACUCGGCCAAGGGACCGUGCGUGGAGAGGAAGGCCAAGCUGACCCCCAACGGCCCUGAAGUCCACGGCUGAGCCGGGAUGCGGAGGCUCCUGGACCUGUCUGCCGCCAGCCAAGAGGCGCAGUAGGGGCGAAACCACAGACGUGCUACCAUCUGAGAGGAAGGAUUGACGCUUGCUGGCAUGGCCUCACCGGACUUCGUCAUCGCAUGCACCGACUCCUGGGGUCCCGGCGGUCCUGAGCCAGGGCUCAGUGGCACUGGGCAACCCCUCAGCCUCCUGGUAGGACUGCCCAUUGCAGGCAGUGGGCAGGCCUGACCUUGCUGGGGCUCACGGCCCCACAGCGCUUUUGUUACUUGAAUGUUUAGCUGAGCCUGUUUUUGAUGGAGCUACUACUGUAACGCGUGAGCUCACAAGCCUGUGAACUGUAAAUAGGCCCCAGAAGCACGUGCUUAAGCCUCUCUUGCUGAUUUUUUUAAAAAUAUAGAGCACAUGGGACUGUCCGUACUAACGCUGAGCUGAGUCAAGGCGGGAGGGGGGGGUCUUAGACUUGUAAGGCCCACAUUGCACUUGGCGGGGGCCUCAGAUACACGUGUGUAUGUAGAGAACGUGACACGUCGGCUUUAAGUCUCGCAGCUAACCUGUUGGGGUGCUUUGGCGAUUUCUGCUUUGUGAGCAAUGAAUGGGAGCAGCAGCACGUCCCGCCCUCUCCUGCUCUAGGUAGAUGAGGUUGUAAAUGCCAGUUCCUGUUGCUAGUGGAGUGAUUGCAAGGAAGCUACUGCAGCUGCUUGGGAGCCGGUGAAGGACGAGUCAGGGCCCGAGGCCCGAGUCCCAAGGCUGCCAGGCGUCCUAGUGGCCGAGCAGUUUCUGGCCCCCGUGGUCUUGAGCAUGCUGAGCACCCUGCCCCCCACCCAGCUUUACUGAGCACAGGCUUCGCUAGAAACACCAGAGCCGCGGUGGCUACCUGAAUCCCAAACCCAGUUGGCCCAGGAAGGACAGAACAUUGUGGUUUUUGUUUGUUGUUGUAUUUAAUAUCUUCUGCACUGGAGGGGGUGGUGGGGGGUGCUUGGUUUCUUCCCCCUGCCCUUUUCACAAAUUCGCUUCCUUUCCUCCCAGAUUCCCACCCACCUGCUGGGUCCUGGAUUUCAUUUUCCACCUCCUAGGUGGGCCACCUAGGAGGGUCCCCUGACCUUACUCUGAGAGCACCAAGUGUCACUUCUUGUGUGCCUGUGCACACAGGAGCCCCCAGCAGCCUGUGCUUAGUGGGCACCCAGGGGAGGGGGCUGGGGGAAGAGGGAGUUUCAGGUUCAGGAUUUGGUUUUCGAAAAGGUGAGGAGUUUGGUGGCUCUUGGUCAGGCCAGUGAUUCCCACCCUGCCCCUCCGAGAUGUCCCUUGUGUAUACUUCAGUGAACUUGCUUAGGUUUUUAAUCCCACCACUGUAAGCACACCCUAAACUAUCAUGAUUAAAAUGUGAUUUGUGUCUGCAUCCUCGGGAAUAAACUGGAGGCCAGCUCUGGGUGAGCUGGGGAGCGCUGGCCCUCAGCACUUGAGCUGCCUUGCCAGCAGCAUGGGCAGGGAGCUCCCAGGUCGCCAGGGGCUGCCCCCUAUUCCCAGCUCCCCCUCAAAGCUCUGGCCUCCUGGUCGGGCGGAAGGCGGCUCCUCUGGCCUCAUCCAAAUCUCCUCUAAAAAGCAUGUUGAACUAAUCAACUUUCUAGAACCCCUAGUAGGGAGCUUAAGGAACACUCCUUUUAGCGGCGUACCCCUAAAUUAACGGUCAAACAUUAAGGUGUAUAGCUUGGGGGGAGGGGAGGAGUAGCUAGUUAGGCCAUUUGAGCUGAAGGCAGGAUUGAGACAGCACAGGUGGGCUACUAAGGAAUCCUUAGGAGGCAGCCGGGCUUUAGUACAGGGGAGGAAAUGCCUUUGGCCCCCACCUGGGGAUGGCCAAGCAUGAGUCAGGCUGGAGACUAGCAGAAGGCCCUGUAAGCAGCACACAGGGUGUGGGUGGGAGGAGGGGUCAGAAGUUCUAAAGGGGUCAACUGGAAGGUCAGGGAGAAGGUGUGUUUCCUAAUGAAGGACAUAAGAAAAAUGGGGCAGGUGUAGGGGUGUUCGAUCCAUUCCCCUCACAUUUCAGAACUUCAGGCUUUCUACCUCUACUUUCUGCAGCCGGCAGCCUGCACCUAAGGCUGUCUGUCCUUUACCCAAGUAACCGAGGAGCUCCCGGGCCUUGCAUUUUCAGUCCCUGAGCCUGACCCUGAAAAUGACCAUUGCUUGACUGUCAAACUCACCCUGAGCUUCUUACCAUGGCCGGUGCAGUUUCGGUUUUGAAAAGAUGAGGCAUCACUUUCUCCUCAGUUUCAGUCCUGGAUGUUCCUUAUCCCACGACAUCUGUGCCAUUUGCAUCAGGCCCAUCAGCACGGUGUCAGUGCCAGGUGAGGGUCAAGGGCAUGGUGGGGCACUAGUGGGGUCUCUGGAGGCAAGUGGAAGUGCCUGCAGAACUGGUGACCAACCACAUAACAGCUCUCACUGUUCUUGGUCAACAGCUACUUUUUUUUAGCAUAGACACCAGAGCCACACACUCAAAUGGCUUAGUUAAGUUAUGACCUCUCAUUGAAUUCUUUCUGAAUAGCCCAACUGUUGUGUCCAAGUUUUCUGACUAGUCAGUCAGGACAUUAGCCUUUCAUUCUGCAUGUCAUCGCAGAAGCAACAGCAGGGGGAUGGGGAGGGAACGCCGACGCUGAGCCACUAAAAUAUGGACUAACUUUUCAGACAAAUCUUCAAGUGGACUGUGCUACUGUUUUUGUCUCAAAGCUACCAAGUUUGUGCAAUAAGUGGAGGGGAUGUCAUCCCUGUUCAAUAAAAGCUGAAUGACAUUCAAGCUGAUUUUCUAGACCACUGAGAAAAUCUUUAUUUACAAUAAAUUUCAAUAAAAUUUGCAUAAAUAUAUUCGCAAUG